AAUAUUUCAGUAGUGUUUAAAAAGGUAUCGAAAUUUCAGGUCUUAAAAAGGCGUACAAAUGUAUUCUGCCUUUUCUGUCUUCAGAAAUAUUCUUUAAAAAAAUAUCGGAAGGUGUUCUAGUUAAAAUGGUGUUAAUAUUUUAUGAGCGUUGUUAAGUAUUCAAAUUCUUGUGGGAUUCUGAAAUUAUGUGUCCUAAAGUAUUCAAAAAAUGUGUUCCGAGGUUUUGCUCGAUGCACCAACGUGUUUUGUGGUUUGCUAGGGUGUCGGUGAUCGUCGCCGCAAGUGCUUACAAUCUAGGGCGGCUCAGUCGGCCAACAAUGGGUGAGGCGCGUCAUGUGUGGGUCGGUACAACACUGUAAGUUUGCCAUUGUUGCGAGACGCGCGUUAGGACUGCCACGCGAGGCUCUACUCACACCUGACCACGCUCUCUUCUUGCUUCCUUCAUUCCCACUCCUGGCGCCGUGAUCUCCUCCACUUUGACAGUGGCGUUAGCAGCGUGCCCGGUGUGCCGUGAUGCUGAGUGAUCUUUACGGUGACCAGUGUCGUAUGUCAGUGCUGUGGUAAUACGUCUCGUCUCGGCUACCUUUAAGAAAAGUGUUUCAAGGAUUUUGCAUCAUUAAUGGUGAAAAAAAGAAAAGAAAAUAAAAUCGUGAGAACCUGGCUAAAUAUCUGUGGCCUUGAAAAUACGAGUAGUCUAUGAUAUUCCAAAGCGUGUAAGAAUACAGGCUAAUGUCCCUCGUGUGCUGGAAAUAUUAGGACGCCACGUGAUUCUGAGUGACACUGAGGGAAGGUGCACGUUUGGAAGGCGACACGGAUACCCAGCCAUGUCCCUCAGAAGGCGGAGACGGAGGAGGUGAGGCGGGCGGCAGACGCGGCGCCUCCAGCAUGGGCCAGGCGCUACACCGUGUAUUCCAGCACCCUCAGGUUCACUUCCUCCUGUGGCUGGGGCGGCAGUACCUGGUGGAGGUGUGGACCAAGAUGGAGAGGACCACCUGCCGCCGCCCACCUCGCCACCCACCCCCGCCUGUCCCUACGUAUACCUCCCCGCCGCCCACGCCCACGCUCACACACAACGAGGAGCCGCAUCUAUACAGCUGCCCCCACCAUGGCCGCUGCCCUCCCGAUGUCUGCUUCCUGUGCGUGGAGGACGAGGUGGAGCUGCGGGUGUCCGAGGACGAGGGCGCGGUGGAGGUGGAGGACGGAGCUGCCCACCCCGCCCCGCACCUCAGGCCGCCCAUGUUCAACCCGGAAGACUACGCCCUCGGCCUGGCCAAGUACGCCCGCAUGACGAAUAUGUACGCGCCCGACGUGCCGAGGGAGAGGAAGGGGCGGGGUAGGGAGAAAGAGAAAGGCGUGGGGCGAGACCUACCGCAGGAAAUGUCCCUCAAGCAGUUCAGUUCCCUCCCGGAACUUCUGAAAAAGUUACGGGAAGACUUGAAAAUGUCCUAUCUCAGCUUCGUGAAGGAGCUAGUGCGUGAUCCCCAUGACGGCGUCAGUCUCCUGCUGGACGUGCUCAAGAUGGUGCAGCUGGCGCAGACAGACUUGAAUGGCUCGGGCAGCAGCAGGGAGCAGCAGGCAGCACUACGCCGCGCCCUAGUUGACGAGCACGAGAUUCUGGGUUGCCUGCGUUACUGCCUGCGGUGCCCCGAGGCCGCCCCCCGCCUGGCCCACUACCCCCCCGGCCUGUACACUCUCGCCGUGGCCACCAUGAGCAACCUGGCAAGAAGCAGGACCUUGGCUCUCCAGCUCCUGACGAAAGCGUGCAUGACCUCUCCUGACGGACACAGACAGGUGGUAGAGGCGCUGGCAACACUACGACUUCGCUUCGCUGAGCCGGUCAAGUGCAAGUUCCUGGUGUCCAUGAUGCUCUCCCACCCUCAUCCCAGUUUCCAGGUGUGGGGGCUGAGAUUCGUGAACGCCCUACUUGCCUCCACUGCCACACUGAGGGAACGAGUGUACUUGCAGGAGGAGCUGACGGAGGCGGGCUUUGAUCCUGCGGCUCUCAAGAAGGUGAUCGAACGCAGUGGGUCGGAUCACCUCCAGCAGUUGGCAGGUGCGGAGCUCGGUCGGUGGGCAGAGGGCUACGUGGACGUGACCGCCUUUGAUAGGGAGAUUAAAGGUCUCAAGAAUUCCAACACCACCCUUCAGGAGGAGCUACAGAAGUUGCGUGAGGCAAAUAUGAAACUCCUGGAAGAGAACGUGCUGCUGAAGACGGUGGGGAGUGAGGUGGAGGAGCGCUAUGCCGCCCUCAAGCGUCGCCUGGAAAGCAACGGCCUCCAUGCACCGCCCUCCCCCGUUCCCUCCGUAAGCGACUCUGAUCUUUCCUCCCUCAACACCUUCAGAAACAUCGUGUCUCGCCGGAACUCGGACUCUCCUUCUCGCACCGGCGACAACCGAAGCGCUGUCACGGAGACUGAUUCCGUGAUCUUUACCAAAGCUGGCCAGCGCUCCGUGACUCCCGUAAUGGAGCCUUUGUCCCUGCCUCCCGUCGACAGCGCCAGCACGGUUUCCUCCGUCGCUUCGGACCUCACCGUCGCCCCCGCCAGGCCUGCAUCUUCCUCCAGCGGCCCAUCACUCCCCAGCCGUAGUAGGCAUCAGUCAUCGUCUUCGUCCUCCACCCCUGACCCCCGCCUCGUCUCACCUCUCAGGAGCGUUGCCGCUUCACCAGUAAGGGACGAGCCAAGGAUCGAAGGAGCGAUUCCGACCAGUGUAUCGCCAGUCUCGGAUCAGGAAAAGCGGCGGUCAGUCAGCGGAGACAGGUUUAACGAGGUCAUGCCACCCAUGCACAUCGAAAUGACCUUCCGCAGCGAAAAGAAGCCGUCCACUUCCGACAUGGCGACGCAAAAGGAGAGGAGCAGAUCACCCCGCGGCGGACAACAGCCUAAGGACCCGAAAAGACCUUCCAGAUCAAGCAGCCGUCAAAGGCAACCCACGCCGCCCCAGACCGGCUCUGGUGGAAGACACGACCGGGAGAGAAGAAAGUCAGACAGUCCAGUUCAGAGUGACAGGCGACCGGACAGCCAAUCACCACAGAGCGGCCACACAUCCCCACCUGGCCCGCCAUCCAGCUCACCGAUCAACUCAAAGAAAAAGGCUUCCAGACCACUGCCUUCGGGCGCGGCAAGCCCAUUUUCUUCCUCGACUUCUUCCCUCUCGUCAUCGUCCUCCACCUCCUCCACUUCAGGAGGGGAUCGGAAGGACCCAGAAUACAUGAACGUGCCUCGGCGGGAGUCUCCGAGCGUCAAGAGCCGCAGCGGCGGUGACGAGACUGACCUGGACUAUGAGCGGGACGUGGUGGUGUAUGAAGCUAUCACUCUCGGCAACGACCGCAUUUUCAUUGACAAGAGCAAUACUCAGGACUCCCGUGGCUCCGGCAACAGCCACACCUCGGCGGAGACACGGGGCAGUCAAGGGCAGCAAGAGGCGGUGCCCGAUGGCCCCAGUGUGCGUGAGUCUGUGCGCCACUACGAGAAUCUGGUGAUGAUGGGUGAGCAGGCUGAGGCGGCGAAUGACUCAGGGAAGGGAGGGCAAGAAAACGCACCCCUUCGGCGGCAGCAGAGCAGGCGGGAAACGCGGGAGAAUGGCAAAACUAAUUCCCAUGAAGAUGUGAGUGAAGGAGAGGUGGAGGCUGUCAUGUCAGGACUCGAGAACGUGUUGCGCAGCGCAGAAUCUUCUCUCAGCCUGGAAUCACAGGAAACCGUAAAGGAGAAUCCUACCCUGAGAGACCACUUUGAGGACCGCGCCAGCCCUGAUAACGUACCCGGCGAGGAGCUAGAAAUCGUGCCCACUCGGGUGCCACAACUCCCAACAAGGGAACGCUCCAGGAACUCCCAGACGGGCAGCGCCGCGAGUAACCCGGUGCUCUUCCUGGAGCUGGAGACACCCGCUGAGACCAGCGACACGGAGACUCUGCUGCGACACCAGCGGCCCGGCAGUCCUCGCACUAUCGAGACAGAAUCUACACAGUCCUUCGGUUUCGUUCUUCCCGACAAGUCUCUGCGACGCCGAGAGACCUUCGUUGGACGCGGAAGCAGCGAGCGGGAGUCCGCGGAGGAGCGACGGAAGGGAAUCCGCAGGUCUGAAAGUUUCCAGACGGGUAACGCGGAGUACAACAGCCACCGGUCGUACUCCCCGCGGCGGCGCGGCUCCAUGGACAUGCUUGUUCCGCUGGAAGAACGGGAGGUGCACAUCAGCGGCCGCAUGUUCACCAAGUACACGCCUCACGAGGUGGAGAGACGGAAUCUCGUGAACGACCUCAUCACGGCAGAGAUGAACCGCCGCAAGAACCGCAGCAUGGAAGAUCGUCUCGACCAGUGGUUCGAGGCUCACAAUGAAGACGGCGAAUGGACACUGAAGUGGAAGUACCCGGAGAUUCAGCAAGACGGGGAAGGUAAACCCAUUCGCCAGAGGAGCCGUCGCCGCCACGAAAGCCGCUCCCCGACACGCCAUGACGACAACCGCCGAACCUCCAGGCCUCGCGGAAGUGACAACAGGUCUUCCUCGAGGCACCUGGACAAGACUCAGUCUUCGAGAGCACACUCCGAGCAGCCCAAACAAGGCCGCAGCGUCAAGUCCUCAAAAUAUUCAAACACGGAAAUCAGUGCUUUCAAUGGCUUCAAGAACCCGGGAGGCUUCAGGGAGAGUGACUACGGACCCAACUUCAUGCUAAACAAGCCGUCCACACGUCUCCCUCCUGACUUUGGAGACUACAGUGGGCGGGACUUUGCUCCGCCCCGAGGAAGGGGGUCCCGAGAGAGGGGCGUUGGCGCGUGGCGUAAAGGAGAGAUCGACCCCGACAUCCCGACCCCUGACUACACGGCCACGCCUGCUAGCACCCUCAACGGCGUGCCGCCCGCCAUGCCCUCAAAGCAUAUCCUGGACAUGCCAUCAGGACUCUACUGACGCUCAGCCGCGACAGACACGCCCUCUUCCCCCACGACACCCGUCAGGACCAUAGACAGACACACAGAGGCUUGAGUGACACACACACACACACACACACACACACACACACACACACACACACACACACACAAACACACACACACACACACACACACACACACACACACACACACACACACACACACACACACACACACACACACAAACAUACAUACACACACGGCAAGAAGGAACAGUAACACUACAUGUACACGUUACGUUUCGCACAUUAUUCUUGUACAUGUACGUAAUGCUAGACACAUCACAUAAGGCGACGCAGGCGAGGGAACAUCGGACACUCAGACACACACACAUACCGAACAUCGAAACAUCUCAGACAAAUAUAUCUAUCUUUCUCUCUGCUUAGAAACAUGAGUUGUAAGCCGCCCCACGUGCAAUACUCCAAGCGAAGACGUUAUGUAUGUAUGCGAGUGUGUACAUAGUAAUAAUGAGUCUGUACAUAGUAUAUAUAGAAGUAGUCGAUGCUGUUGUUUGUUGUAUACACAUAUCGGGAGUUUAUAUACGAGUUUAUCAAACAUGUAUUAUAUUGUUGAAAUGUGGUAGAUGUUUAUGAGUCCAGCAGACCAGAGCGGCUUUGGGCAACGUUUGCCGCGCUUUGGAUGAAACUGGAACAUGAAGACUUCACAAAACGUUCUCAGUCGUACUCAGAACAAGCACAAAAAGAGAAACCCCAAGUCUAAAAAAUGAAUUAAAUAAAUAGGCAAAUUAAUAGAUAAGUAAAAAAUAAACAAAUAAAUAGACAAAUCAAUAAAAUAAAAUAAAAAAAGUUGCUGUUAUCAAAUUAUUAAAAUAGGUCAUUGUUUCAACUAAACAUUUUUCGUAAUUUUGAAUUCCACCACCGAACUCCAAGAGAAGAUAAAAUACAGCACCGCCGCUACCAGAAGAACGUCUUUAUAGGAUAAGACAAUAUGCCUGGGAGAUAAUCUGCUAGCUGUUACAAUUAUGAAUCAAAGAACAAGGCAGCGGAAGAACUUAUAUAACAAAUGAGAAAAUACGCGUAGAAUGAGAAAAAAAUCUAGAAAAAAAGCAUAACAACUAACAGAGUGAAAAAGUUUUCGCAUAUAACUUAUGAAACUAAGCCUACAAAAAAAUAAAAUAAAUAAAUAAAUAAAUAAAUAAAUAAAUAAAUAAAUAAAAAUAAGUGUACCAAAGGAGAGUGUAAAUUUUAUGGAACAUAAUACAGGUAUAGAAAAAAAAAGUGCCUAAAUACUAUGCUAUUAAAAUAUCAUUGUAAUCAUCAGAUGAAGAACUUUCUCUUAAUUCAAUCCCCUAAAAAAAAUAUAAUAAUAAUAAAGAUAAAUAAAUAAAAAAAUAAUAAAUAAAAUAAGUGAAUAAAUAAACAAAACAAAUGAAUAAAUCAAUCAAUCAAUCAAUCAAUAAAUAAAUAAAUAAAUAAAAUAAAUGAAUAUGAUAAAUAAAUAAAUAAAUAAAAAUAAGUAAACAAAAUAAAUAAAUAAAAUAAAAUCCUAGGGUUUUUAAGAUGGAUACAAAACACUUUCUACAUAUUACAAAAAGAUUCUUAAAAACCAACAAAGCUGCUACUAUCCAUCCUUUCUUUGUGUUCCAUUGUGUUCACUGAGUGGUGACGGAUGGCUCAAGGCUGCCCUGGGUCCUGGAGUACUUUAAGGAUUAACCCAAAAUCUGUACCAUAGUUAUAUAUCCCUAAGUCUAUCCUUCUCUUUUUCAGUUCUGAGUCUCCCUGUAACACUGAUUCCCUCUGUACUUUAUAACGAGAAUAUAAAGCUAAUUGAG